UUCAGAUAAUCGUUCGUUCAUAGCGCGUUACAGCAAAGCAGGAAAACAUGAUCAUUGACAGAGUUUGUGAGGAUUUUUCGGCUUUUAUGGACCGGGACAAUGACAUCAUGACGAGUCCGGUUCACCUGAGUUCCUUUUACAGCUGUUCUUCACCCGCCGAACCGAAUCUGACCGACGGCUCUCCGAUCUCUGAUUCCGAUCAGAGCUGGAAUAAUAACGCGGACAGCCCGUCAAACUGCAUCAACGUGAAAGCGAGUCCGAGUCGCUAUCAAGGUGUGCGCGUGAAGAAAACAGUGAAAGAGAUGAUCAUGCAGAAACGCGAGAUUCAGGCUCAACAAUAUCAGAUGGAAACUGAAUUCCCAGCUGUGAUCCGUGAGUUUCAGGGAAGAAAUGGGAGUGCUGAGAAUCUGUCUUACUGUCCUGUGAAAAGACUCAAAACCAUGGACAGAAACAUCCCGUCUCCACACUUCCAAAGUGAGAACUUCUUUUGUGAGUCUGAGAUGUUCGAGGAUAUUGGAGAUCUCUUGCCUAAAGAGUGUCUCUCCAUUGAGUCUGUGACAGUACAGGGAUGCACAAUGCCAGUUUGUCAUUCAUUGCUUUACCCUGAUGUAGAAAACCCCUUUUACACCGCUUGCAACCCACUCCAGCCCAAAGAGAGCACGUACCCUCCCUCAGUUCAAACCCUGGGCCCUCAGAUGGCUCCCAGGUUUAAUAUGACCGUCCCCGUCCGGCCGGUUUCCUUUUUUGAAUGGCAGAUAAAGCAGGAGGAGGAGAAACUGAUGGGCUUGAGCCAUGUGCAGCUCACCUCCAGAGAUGAAGAUGGAGACACGUUCUUGCACAUCGCAGUGGCGCAGGGCAGGAGAGCUUUGGCGUUUGUCCUCGCCAGAAAAAUGGCCGCCAUUAACAUGCUGGAUUUGAAAGAACACAACAAGCAGAGCGCCUUUCAGGUGAGCGUUGCUGCAAAUCAACACCUGAUUGCACAAGACCUGCUUUCAUUGGGAGCUGAAGUUGACACCCUGGACUUUUGGGGCCGAUCCCCACUCCACGUGUGUGCUGAGAAGGGCCACACCUUAACCCUACAGGCCAUCCAGAAAUCCAUGCAGACCAAUGGGAGACACGUCAACAUGGAGGCGGUCAACUUUGAUGGACUCACGCCUCUUCAUGUAGCAGUUCUGUCCCACAAUGCCGUGGUGCAGGAGCUGUCGUGUCACGGGACGCCCCCCUCAAAUCACACUGUGGCUCUGGUGCAGAGGAGGAAGCUACUGUGGGAAUGUAUCAACACAUUGUUGAUGAUGGGCGCUUCUAUCGAAACAAAGGACCGCAAAAGCGGCCGCGCAGCUCUACACAUGGCAGCCGAAGAAGCGAACGUUGAACUUCUGCGUCUUUUUCUAGACCAACCUAACUUCUACUCUGUCAUAAAUGCCAAGGCCUUUAACGGGAACACGGCACUUCACAUGGUCAGCGCUCUGAUGGGUCGCCAGGCGCAGGCUGACGCUGUUCGAUUGCUGCUGAGACGUGGAGCCGAUCCCAGCUCCAAGAACCUAGAGAACGAACAACCGGCCCAACUUGUGCCCGAUGGUCCGCUGGGAGACCAGGUGCGUCGGAUCCUGAAAGGAAAAACGGCUCAGCUCCGCCAGUGAUAACAGUCGUCCGAUACUUCCCUUUAGAAACGCUGUCAGUUAGGCAGUCCGGUCUGUACAGAAUCAUUUGCCACUAUCAGGCAGAUGUUGGUUGUUUCUGUGAAACAGCUUUAUCAUUGUUCACUACUGUGUAGUAGACGGUACAGGAAUGUGAGUGCAACCAUUCAGAGAUUCGCUCUGGACAUUAAAAGCGGAAGAAAUGAAAGCUUACUGGUAUCACGGUAUCAGCAAAUGUGUUUGAUCGAUGUUACAUCAAGAUUCGGUGAAUGCAGUAAACUGUAAAUGUUCAGCAGCAGCUUGAAAUGUGUUGCAUUUGUUGUGUAAAGGUUUGUGUAGCUUCUCUGUUAUAGUCAUGUUUGUCUUAUUACUAGUAGGAAAUAUUUUUGGCAAGGGAGUGAUGAUGGAUGUAAACAAAGCUUCAGCAGGUGUUAGCAUGGUAACAAACAUCCUUGAGAUUUUAAUCAGUAACUUUAAACCUGUUGAGCCGGUACAUCUGCGCAGGUACGUGACGCACUUCUGUUCGUGCUGCGUGUUCCAGGGCGUUGGGUUCAUCCACCGCUCAUUUUUAACUCUUUGUUUUAUUACAUAAUGUCUGUAACAUGAUAGAAAGAUUUUCAUUGUUUUAUCUUAAUGUAAAUGGGUUCCUAGGUGUGAAAAUUGAUUCCCAGCAUAUAUAGGUACACAGUACACGUUUUUGUAUGAGUUUAGGUAAAGCACACCAAACAAAACACAAGACAUAAUGUCAAACGUAUCUGCAUAAUAUGAUGUAUUUAUGUUUUCUGGGUAAUGGGAUGUUGUAUUCUGUAUAUAUACAUUAUAUUGUGGGCAACAGAAAUAUUCUACAGUUCAUAAGAAAGAAUAUUGUCAGGCAUUGAUCUCAUACACAGGAAGCGGGUGUCGAUUUACUUUUUUAUUCAUUACACUUAUAUGGGGUAUUUGUCUGAAUUGCAACCUAAUCCAAAUAAAAUGAAUAAAGUCUUAAA